GAUGGAUGGUUGGUUGGUUGCUUGCUUGUUUGCUUGCUUGUUUGCUUGCUUGCUUUCUUGCUUGAAGAGGUCGAGUGUGCCGCGUUCGUAUCGUUGCAUCGGUGCCUCCUUGCUUCGUUGAAAGACUAGUUCGCCUACCAUGUGAUGGCUCAGGUCUUUUAUAUAUUUUGAAAAAAAAAAACGCCCCUUACCGUGAAACAAUGAGUCUAGUGCAAGAUUUUGUGACUAAUUUGACCGGUUCAACGUGAAUGACGUGACGUGACGUGAAUCAUCCCAUCGCCACAACACCCAACGUUAGAUAGAAGUCACCCCUCGCUGUACUAACCAAAAACUUCGACCGUCGUUUCUUUUUAUCCCUCAGUGAUAAGUGUGGAUAAUUUGUGUAUUAUUUAUGGAGGGUUUGCUAAGACUGCGAAGGGUUGCGAAUUCGUUUUAUCAGAUAUAACGCUCGUAGACUGGUGAUGAGUGAUUUUUCUUUGAAGGGGAGGUAGUUUUUCACGUACUUUCAUUAGGAUAAAUCAUUCUUUUUCACAGAUGGGGAAAAAAGAUAUUUUUAAUAUAAGCUUCAAUGAACCAUUACAGUGUUUUCAAUCUCAAGUUGAUUAUCAACUCAUUCUGAAUACAUUGUAGAGAGAUUAUAAGGGAGAGUCGGGCAAAUAGGAAAUUGAUUGAUUUUUAUUAAAUGUUGAAGGUUCAAACAGACUGAUUGAAUUGCUUGAUAUACCUGUCUAAAAUUUUUGACCAUUAAAAAGGUGUUGUUUCAUUUGGGCCCAAUCGUGACUAUUUAAUUGUAAGAUCAGUUUAAAGGGUGGAUGUCAUUAGGAUAAAUCGUCAGUCCCGGCUUACAAAUGGACCAUUUAAUGUUAAUAUUCUACUGCCAAAACUUUCUGUCAUCAAUUGGAGAAAUGAUGUAAGAACGUCAUCCAGAUGUGAAUCACUGCCGAUGGACCACUAAAGUGUAAAGAUCAUAUAAUAAUACAAACACUAGCUGAAGAUAGAAAAGAGAGAAAGACACCGGUAAAAUAUUGAAAAGUGGAAGUGAGCUAUAAAACAUGUCAACGGAGAAUCACAACGGUGCGGCCCAUACUAACGGCGGAAUAAAAUCACCCACUGGUGUCGCAUCAACAAUUCCGUCAACCACAUCAUCAUCAUUAUCAUCAUCAUCAUCAUCAUCAUCAUUAUUAUCAUCUUCUUCAUCAUCAACGAGAACUCUGCCUAACAAUGCGUCCUUCUUGUACUCAAGCAAUUCAUCGAUAAAUCGCGAUAAACCAAGACAAGUGCCACCACCGACUUUGCCCAAAUACACGUCAAGUUUUAACACUGGAACUAAUGGCAAUGCCGAAAGAUUAACAAGAGAUCGGGAAAUUGGGGGUAGCUAUAGACUUGCUAGUCUGGACAGGCUCGCGCUCAGGCAUAGGAUACUCGAUGGUGGAGAGAAACAAAAUGGGGAUACUGGAAAUUCGAUGCAAACAAAGCGAGAGCUGUUCUUCAAGUCGGAAACAGGCGUACUGACAACAUCUCCAUCUGUGCCAUCAGUACCUCCACCUCAACCACCAGCAACUGGGAUAGCAACAUCGACAACAGUAUCCCCAGCAACUGUUCCCCCAACAGCUCCCAUAAAAUCACGAUUACCCCCGGCUAAUGUUACCUUGAAUCAGACAGAUGCCUCUGAGGACAGCAACAAACGAGAAUCCAGAUAUGAUAGCAACAAAGAGGGUAGUGUACAAUUGCAUCAACGACCAGCAAUACCUACCAAGCCUAAAGAACUUGACGGUUAUGUUGGUUUUGCCAAUUUGCCAAAUCAAGUUUAUAGGAAGGCCGUCAAGAAAGGAUUCGAUUUUACGCUGAUGGUUGUUGGGGAAUCGGGUUUGGGAAAAUCCACACUUAUCAAUUCUAUGUUCCUGGCUGAUAUAUACAGCGCGGAGUACCCUGGACCCAGUCUGAGAGUUAAGAAAACGGUCGCUGUUGAAACGACCAAAGUCAUUUUAAAGGAGAAUGGAGUCAAUCUUACUUUGACUAUUGUUGAUACACCUGGAUUUGGCGAUGCUGUGGACAACAGCAAUUGUUGGGUGCCAGUAAUUGAAUACAUAGAAUCAAAGUACGAGGAAUUCUUGAAUGCAGAAUCACGAGUAGUGAGACGACAAAUACCAGACAGUCGAGUACAUUGUUGCUUGUACUUUGUUUCACCCACUGGUCAUGGUUUAAAACCACUCGACGUUGAAUUUAUGCAGCGGUUGCACGACAAAGUUAAUAUUAUACCAGUCAUAGCCAAAGCUGACACCAUGACUCCAGACGAGUGUGGGCACUUUAAGAAACAAAUACUCAACGAGAUAGCCCAGCAUAAAAUAAAAAUAUAUGAGUUUCCUGAGAUCGAGGAGGAGGAGGAGAACAAGCUGCACAAAGUGCUGAGGGACAGAGUACCAUUUGCCGUUGUUGGGGCGAAUACAGUUGUGGAACAUGAUGGGAAGAAGGUUCGGGGAAGGAAGUAUCCUUGGGGCGUUGCUGAAGUGGAAAAUUUGGAGCACUGUGAUUUCAUAGCACUGAGAAAUAUGGUAAUACGGACUCAUCUGCAGGACUUGAAGGAAGUAACGAAUAACGUACAUUAUGAAAAUUUCCGAUGUCGCACACUCGCGGGACUUGGUGUUGAUGGCAAACCCACGAGAAUUUCAAACAAUUUAUGCCCACCAGGAGUGAUGAACAGUUUCAUGACAGUUUGGAAUCCACUGGCACAACUGGAAGAGGAAAAGCGUGAACACGACAACAAAAUGAAAAAAAUGGAGACAGAGAUGGAGCAGGUGUUUGAGAUGAAAGUCCGUGAGAAGAAGCAGAAACUUAAAGAUUCAGAGGCAGACUUACAGAGAAGACAUGCACAGAUGCGUGCUUCCCUGGAGCAGCAGUUGAGAGAACUCGAAGAAAAGAGGCGAGCAUUCGAAGCUGAAAAACAAGUCUGGGAGCAGCAAACCGGCCACAGUAUUGAUGAAUUACGCAGACGUAGCUUGGAAGCUAACUCUAAAGAGACAGUCGAUGGCAAGGAUAAAAAGAAUAAGAAAAAGGGACUCUUCUAAAUCACCGUGAGGAAAUGAAAAAAUAAUUGAAGAGAAGACUCUCACCGCAACCGCUGUUCUCCUAGAACGAUUCAUUAAUAAUAAGUAUCUACAGCAUAACGAAUGAAGGCAAAAGAAAACAAAAAGAAAAAAAAAACGUAAUCAUUGAGUGUAAAAAACAAUUUGAUAUAAUAAUUUUUAAAUGAUUUUUGUACAUGACGACUUACCUUUAGAGAGAAGAAAAUAGUUUAACAUUAUCAUUUUUAUUCUGUCGAACAGGGAGUUGACGAUGAGGAGAGAAACAAAGAGAGAAAAAUAGUAAUAAAAUUAACAAGCAAUCACAUUAAUUAAUUCUCAUGGAAUGCAUCAGACAUUAUAUUGAGUUAUUGUCCAUAUGUUUAUUACUUUCCCUCAAUUCAUAAUCUUCUUCCAAUAAUGAGCCAUUGAUUAAUUAUGAUGGAGCAGUGACUAUUUUAUUUAUAUUAAUUGUACAUGUGAAUGUAAGAAUGGAUUACUGCUAGUAUCAUAUUAUCGUGUUUUGGUAAUUUUUUUAGUAUGAGAUCACUGAGGCAGACGUGUGCUUAAAAUUUAUUCCUUGAAAUUUUGCAACAAUCAGCAAAAUUAAAUGAACUUUUGAGAAACAUUUUUUCGUGAUAGCUUCUCCCGACAUCGAUUCAAUUUACAAUGACAAACAAAAAAGUUACUUCGAGGCACUUUGAAAAAAAAAAGUGAAACUCGGCAAAAUGCAAUAAUUUUUUUUUUUUUUACCAAAUUACACGGCGUAGAGAGAAAAAAAAAAUAAGAAAUUAUGUUAUGAAGAGACAGACAACACUGGCACAGUAUUCAACACGUCUUUAUUACCCAAUAAUUUCCGCAAAAUUAGACAAUUAUAAUGUUCCUUAGCGCUUGAAUGAGUCGUCCAUACAUAAUUAUAAUCAAACUCGUAGCUAUAAAGUACAAAGCAGAAAACAAUGGACGAACUAAAAAAUCACUAACAAGUUAUGUAAAUUCGUUGAAUUGCUCUGCGAAAUGUUUAACACCAACGCAAGGAAGAAUUUCCUAGAAAAACGCAUAUGGAGGAAUUUAAUAGAAUAAAAUUCGUAAUUUUCACCAAAGGAUUUUAUUAAAUUUCUAUUGAAACUCUACUUUAUAAUUGAAAAAGCUCAGGUGAAAAAAGAAAAAAAAAAACAAAGAAAAGUCAAGGCAAAGAAUUCCUCUAGACGAGUCCAGAGUCUAUCGGUUUUUAAUGCAAUAUUGGUGAAAAAAAUUCUGUUAAAUAAACUCAAUUUAUAAGAAAUCUCAAUUCUUCAAGAGAAUUGGCAAAUAGGUUAAAAAUAAUAGAACUAUUACAGAAAUUAUAUAAACUGUUUGCAGCAGAUGCCAUAAUUUUUUCUAUAAAAUUCACUCAAUAAGUGAGAAAAAGGUGUGUCACAAGGAUGUUCAACAGGUCCUGAAUUAGUAUUAUAUGAUAAUGAUAAAAGAGCAAUUGAAUACUGAAGUUUUGUAUGAAUGAAGGAAUACAUUGUCAAAAAAGGACUCAAAUAUCUAUUUCGUUAUUUUUUAAUUUUCAAAAACUUUUUGACUCACCAUAUUUGUAUUGGUUUCCUGGAGACAAUUAUUCCUAGAUUAUAUUUUGCCGUGCCAGAAUAAAUAAACGCUGCCGCCAAUUCUUAAUGAAUAGUAGAUGUAUUAAGUGUAAUGAUGUCCCGAUGCGGUAAAUUAGAAGAGAAUUCUCGUAAUAAUGUAAUCAAUUGAUCAAGUCUAUAAAAACGUAAAAUACAAAUAUUACAAUUCAUUUUUCCUCUGCAA